UGUUUUCUUCCAGCUGUUGCCGUGUUUGACCGGUGAAUUUCCAUGGCGCAUCGCCGCGUGCUGUGGCUGAGCCUGGCAUGCUGGGCCUGGUGGACCUGGACCUGGAGCUUCUGCGGCAUCCGGCACCGAGGAGCAGCCUGUGGAAACCACGCGCUGCCACCUGGGAAGGCGAAACUUCCGAUCUUCGGAGACACUUUGGAAAUUUUGAACCCGAAGAAGAUGGUGACCUAUCAGACGGAGCGCCGCCAGCGUUGGGGCUCCCUGUGGAGCACCUCGGUGUUGUUCAAAAAGGCCGUGGUCAUCACGGGGCAACGGGAGAUGAAUCUGGCGCGGAAGCACGAGAGUCGGCCAAGAGCGUUCGAGGCGUUUUUUCCGCCGCACCACCAGAGGCUCUUCGGUAAGAUGUCGUUGUUGGUGCAGAGUGGUGCGGCACAUGCCAGACUCAGGAGGCUCAUCCAGAGUGCUAUGACGCCCAAGAAGGUGGAAAAAUACCAAGCCUUCAUCGACCUCGCGGUCCGAGACUUCCUAAGCUCCUGCCGAAGCGAGUUGGGCCACUUUUCGAUGACCAAAAAACUGCAGGAGACCACCUUGCGGAUCGUAGUGCAAGUAUUGCUGGGAGAAGAUUUGGCUGAAGAUGAGUUGGACUACCUGCGCACCAACCUUCGAAUUUGGGGAAUUGGUCUGCUCUCUGCACCCCUGAAUUUUAUUCCAUGGUCCGCCGCCGCACGUGCCAUGCGUGCACGGGGCAAUGUGCAGAAAGUUCUGGAGAAGUGGAUCUCAGAAAGGUCAGAAAAGUUGGAUGAUACACUGUUGUCCCAGCUUUUGAGUGCAACUGAUGAAGAUGGAAGCAAGUUAUCUUCACUGGAAGUUAUCGACAAUGUAUUCACCUUGGUUUUUGCUGGCAUUGACACCACCGCCAGUACCUUGAGCUCAGCACUUCUGAAACUCUCGCAGUCAGAGGAUCUUCUGCAGCUGCUGCGAGAGAAGAUCGCUGACGGAGAGGCCCAGAGAUCUUUGGAGAUGUUUCUGACCGAGAUUCUACGUACCAAUCCACCGGCACCUUUCUCAAUGCGCUUGGUACGGGAGCCCUUAGAUCUGGGCAACGUCACCGUCCCGUCGGGCUACCUGUUGGUUUACGGCCUGGGGGCCAGUCUCUCUGAUGCGUCGUGCUACGAAAAUCCCGAGGAGUUUCAAUGGGAGCGCUUUGGGAACCAAAGCCUCACCGACUCUGGCGCCUUUGGCGGUGGCCCUCGCCUCUGUCCGGGCCGUUUCUUGGCGUCUGAAGCAGCGCAGCGCUUGCUGGCAGCAGUCCUGGCGAAAGACGGAUUCUCAUGGAAAUUGAAGCAAGGGCAAGAUCUGCGACAACAAUAUAUUCCAGGACUAUUUCCUGCGGAUGGAUUAAUUGUAGAUAUAUCUUAGACAAAAAAUA